AUGGCUAUUACUCGUGUUGCUCUCUGCCUUAGCUUUGCAUUCCUCUUCUAUGUGGUUGGAGGAGCCAAGGUGACAUUUACCAAUAAAUGUGUAUACACUGUAUGGCCAGGAACACUAACUGGAGACCAAAAGCCUCAACUAUCAACAACAGGUUUUGUGUUGAAUCCUCAAGCAACCAACAUAACUGACCUUCCUUCUCCAUGGUCAGGUAGGUUUUGGGGUCGAACCGGAUGCUCAAACAACAACGGAAAGUUUAGUUGUGCUACAGCGGAUUGUGCGUCCGGUCAAGUCGAGUGCAACGGCGCUGGCGCAAUUCCACCAGCAACUUUGGUAGAAAUUACAGUGGCACCAAAUGGAGGACAAGAUUUCUACGAUGUGAGCAACGUUGACGGAUUUAACGUGCCGAUGUCUGUAACUCCACAAGGCGGGAGUGGUGAUUGCAAAACCUCAAGCUGUCCGGCUAAUAUCAACAGUGUAUGUCCUGCUCAGCUUCAAAUGAAAGGCUCAGAUGGAAGUGUGGUUGCUUGUCAGAGUGCUUGUUUGAAGUUUAAUACAGAUGAGUAUUGUUGCCGUGGAAGUCAUAAUACACAGCCAACAUGUCCACCCACAGAUUACUCUAUGAUAUUUAAGAAUGCAUGCCCUGAUGCUUAUAGUUAUGCUUAUGAUGAUAAGACCGGAACUUUCACUUGCUUUGGUGGUCCUAGCUAUGCUAUCACCUUCUGUCCAUAA